AUGAUCAAGGUUUCUAGGGUGUCUUUUCUGGGUGAGGGUUUGGAGUAUAGAAUUUACGAAUAUCAGAAUGUGAGAAUAUACAAUGAGGAUGAUGCUGAUGAAAAUUCACUUGUAGUUUUAACAUUUAUUGAAAUUGGAGAAUUGAAUGGUUAUUUCUACAUGUUUUCCGAAUCUGAAGGAAGUGGCAGGAAUUUAGAACAGGUUCAUAGGUUGAAAAUUAUUGAAGAGAAUAAUGCUUCUUCGAUUCAAGUUGAGAGAAUUUAUAAGAGUUUUGAAACUUCGUAUGUGAGAAUUCUGAGUCCAUUAUUAGCAGAUAGAGAGAGGAAUUGUUUUUACUGGUUUGGUGGAUAUAGGAUUAGAAAAUCAACCAGUUUGAAGGAUUGUAUCAAGUUUAAUGUGGAAACGUGUGAAUUUGAAUUUUUGACAAAUUUUCAAAUGGGAUUUGUUUUACAUUCUCAAUCUUCAUUGUUUUGGAAGAAUAGAUAUGUCAUUGUAUUUGGAGGUUGGAUCACUUCUUGUUUUACAACAGCCAAUAUUUAUGCAUUUGAUGUUGAGAAUAGAAAUUGGUAUUCAAUUUAUUGUAUUGAUGACACAGAUGAGGAGGUAAUACCAAAAAUUUUGCCUAGAUAUAAUUCUGGAAUGGUAUUGGUUUCUAAUAGGUGGGCCAGUAAAUUUAAUGCAACUAUUCCAUCAAAUGAUGAUAUGGAUACAUUAUUCAUUUAUGGAGGACAUAUUGAUUAUAUGGAUAUAACACGAGAUACACAUGAGGUAUUGUUAUUUCACUUGGACGAGUCGCUAUUCCAACUUGGAGAAGUGAUUACAGAAACUCAUAUACCAUUUAGUUUGACCAAUUAUUGUAAAGAUUAUUGGGAAAAGAAAUUGAGCGAAACUGAAUUUAAUUUAUUUAAGGAUAAUUUCAAGAUUCUUCCUACCACUAAUGUAAGCACCAUUUAUAACUUUAAAUGUCAUACUGGGAAGGAGAGAUUGUACAUUCUCAAUGGAUACGACAAAACUAGUAUAUCAAAAUUAGAUUUGUGUGAUAUGAGAUCUUUGUUUAAUUCGAAUUUAUUGAAAUUUUCACAUUAUUGGGAUGUUCAAUUUUCAUUUUUAUAA